AGUCUUGCACAGGUGUACCGGCUCCUCCCCUCUGUCUUUGACAGGUGUACCGGCUCCUCCCCUUCAGUCUUGCACAGGUGUACCGGCUCCUCCCCUUCAGUCUUUGACAGGUGUACCGGCUCCUCCCCUUCAGUCUUGCACAGGUGUACCGGCUCCUCCCCUUCAGUCUUGCACAGGUGUACCGGCUCCUCCCCUUCAGUCUUGCACAGGUGUACCGGCUCCUCCCCUUCAAUCUUGCACAGGUGUACCGGCUCCUCCCCUUCAGUCUUUGACAGGUGUACCGGCUCCUCCCCUUCAGUCUUGCACAGGUGUACCGGCUCCUCCUCUUCAGUCUUGCACAGGUGUACCAGAUCCUCCCCUUCAGUCUUGCACAGGUGUACCGGCUCCUCCCCUUCAGUCUUGCACAGGUGUACCGUCUCCUCCCCUUCAGUCUUGCACAGGUGUGCCAACUCCUCCCCUUCAGUCUUGCACAGGUGUGCCAACUCCUCCCCUUCAGUCUUGCACAGGUGUACCGUCUCCUCCCCUUCAGUCUUGCACAGGUGUACCGUCUCCUCCCCUUCAGUCUUGCACAGGUGUGCCAACUCCUCCCCUUCAGUCUUGCACAGGUGUGCCAACUCCUCCCCUUCAGACUUGCACAGGUGUCCGGCUCCUCCCCUUCAGUCUUGCACAGGUGUACCAGCUCCUCCUCUUCAGUCU